UGCAAAUGAUGAUCUUUUGCCUAAUGUUGAACAAAGAUUUGGUGUGAUACAUUUGUAUAACAAUUUCAGGAAGAGGUAUCCUGGAAAGAUGUUGAAGGAAAUUAUAUGGAGGGUUGCAAAGUCAACAUACUCAUAAGCUUGAGAAAUAUAAAUGAGGGGAAUGGAAUUGAUCAGUCAGGAUGCAUAUCUUUAUGUGAUGAAGACCCCACCAAGAUAUUGGAGUAGAUCAUAUUUUAGGGCAAGUAACAAGUGUGAUGUUGUUCUCAAUAACAUGUCGGAGUCUUUUAAUAGUGUUAUUCUUGACUCAAGGGCUAAACCAUUAGUCACUAUGCUGGAAGAGAUCAGAACCUACAUUAUGGAGAGAUGGGCAAACAAUAGGAUGAGGUUUCAAAAUGUCUCUAAUGAUAAGAUUUUGCCUGACAUUAGAAGGAAGAUUGAUAGAACAAACACAUUCACCAACUUAUGGCUUGUCAGAACAGAGAAGCAUCGUGAGAGAAAAGGGAAAAAGGGCAGAGAAGAGGAGCUGAAGAGCAAAGGUUGGAGAACGAAAGCUUGAAGCUCAAAGAUUCUGCCGGAUUGUUAAGGUAAGGGGGGUUUAUCUCGAUUAAUGGGUAUUAUGGGAUAAUAUGUGAUGGGUAGUAAUAAGCUGUUAAUUUGACCCUAAUUGGGAAUUGCGAAUGCUGAAAUUUUGUUGGAUGAACCGUGUUAGAAGUUGAAAUUAAAUCGGUAAUGGAGUCUGUUGUAAUUUUCCGAUCGUAUAGCUUUUUACGGAAUUGGAUUCGGAGGUCCGGAAGUCCUCCAACGGCGGAAAAUGCGGAGAAUUCUGCUUUCUGCUGUGUGUUAGCGCAGGGACAGCUUUCUGUCUUGCGUUAACCGGUUAACCCAGGGUGUUAACCGGUUAACACGGUGUUGAAUUGUGAAAAUAUGCUGUUUUGUCUGCGUUAACCGGUUAACCCAGGGUGUUAACCGGUUAACACUGUUGUGAAUUG